UUUAGAAGAACGAACUCUGCGAGACCUGCAAUCUUGAAAUUCCUGUGCUAUGCGAGCCCAUCGCCACGAUAUCUUCUUCGACUCUAGUCAUUCUACUUUGAAUAUCUCACAAUGAAAGCUGCUCCAAUAACGGGGCUCCUGCUCUCUCCUCUCUCAAUCCUCGCUCUCUCGGCCCCAGUCCCAAUCUUCACCCUCCCUGGGCCCGUGCAGCCAGCUUCGUGGUUCGAGAACAUCGCUGUCCGCCCGAACGGCAAGAUCCUCGCCACACGCGGCGACGCCCCCGAAAUCUGGCAAAUUGACCCUGCCACGGGCCAAGGCGGCCUCCUUGUCUCCGUCGAAGGCGCGUUCAACCUUACGGGCAUCGCCGAAGUGUCCCCGCACGAACGGCCGCAAGCCUCCUGCCUCGAAACCUAUGUAUUCGGCAGCUCACACAUCCCCGCGCCCAUGCAAAUCGAACCUGGCAGCGCCAAGGUCUGGACCCUCCAAUUCAGCGCCAACGGUAACGCCGCCCCCACCGUCUCCCUCCUCGCAGCGAUGCCCAGUGCGGGCUUUAUCAACGGCAUCGCGGCCUGGGGAAAGGGUCGCGUCCUGCUCAGCGACACGGUAGCUCAGAUCGUGUACCUGAUGGACGUCGAGACGGGCGCUUACACGACGCCCCUUACGGGCUUGACGGGCAUCAACGGGAUCAAGACUGCGCAGGGGUAUAUUUACAGGGCGGACCACCUGUCGUCGACUCUGAGUCGGAUUCCGGUCGGCCCAGACGCUGUCGCAAUGGGUCCAGCUGAGGUGCUGGCGACAAAUCAGAGUAUCGAUGACUUUUCGAUCGUGGUGGAUGCUUUUGGGAAAGGGAAGGCGUACAUUGCGGCGAUGUAUGACGUUGAGGUUGUCGAAGUUACGUUUGGUCCUGCGCCUUCUUCGGGGCCGGGGGUUAAGAGGGUUGUUGCUGAGAAUUUGAGCGGUACGGAGACUGGUAUCAGUACUGCCACUGCGUUUGGCAGACGGCCGCAGGAUUCUGGAUUGCUGUAUGCCACCAUUGGUCAGGGCGGGGCCAGCGCUGCUAUUGUGAGGUUUGACCCGACUGAGUAGUGGGCAUUGGAUGUGUCAAGGUGACCAGGGGCCCAUAGAGCGUGGCAUGUGAACGGUCCGUGGAAAUGAGACUUAAGCGAAGGACGGAAAAGAAGAGGGCAGAGGAUGAAACGGGGGCCUUAUAGGAUUCCGUAUCUUCCCUUCUUCUUGCACGGUCUGAACCUGUCCUUCCCAUCCCAUCUCACAUUGUCUGACAUCACUGGUACAGUACAGGAAGUCGCGACUUGGAGUUCAAAUUGAACCUGAUCCUUGAUUACUCACCGCAGAGAGGGAGACGUUGAUCACUCCAUGGCAUAAGG